CAACUAUGGAUUUAACAGGUAACAUACCGGGCAACGUGAAGUAUAAGGGGGAAAAGAAAACACAAUAAUACCAUAUUCCGUGCAGACGCAACUGCUGCUAUUCUUUUAUUAAUUUUUUCGUCAUUAUUUGAUCGGGAAGGAGACGUUUCAAAUACUUUGAACACCUCCAACUGAUGCGCAAAGACGAGAAGAAACGGAGUGUGUGACGGCGAGUUACAGAGAGAGAGAGAGAGAGAGAGAGAGAGAGAGAGAGAGAGAGAGAGAGAGAGAGAGAGAGGUUAGUUUGGACCAGGUGAUAGAGCCACAUCAAACCUCCAAGGGGCUGGUGGUAAAGAUCAGUUUGCACAGGAUUCUUGUUCCGAUCAUGGUGCCAGCAGCCUGUCCCGGACCCUUUGCCAUGCUGGCUCUCGCCUUUCUCCUGGGAUGUGGCAUAGGGCUCUGUCUGGGCCAGAAUGACACCGAGCCCAUCGUUCUGGAGGGAAAGUGUCUGGUGGUGUGCGACUCCAACCCCUCUUCUGACGGAGGAGUCACCUCUUCGCUCGGGAUAUCUGUGCGUUCCGGCAGCGCCAAAGUGGCUUUUUCGGCUGUCAGAGGGACAAACCAUGAACCUUCGGAGAUGAGCAACACAUCCAUGACCAUUUAUUUUGACCAGGUCUUAGUAAACAUUGGCAAUCAUUUCGACCUAAAGGCGAGUCUGUUUACCGCGCCACGGAGAGGAAUAUACAGUUUCAGCUUUCAUGUGGUCAAGGUCUACAACAGACAAACCAUACAGGUGAACCUGAUGCAGAACGAAUACCCGGUCAUUUCUGCUUUUGCUGGGGAUCAGGAUGUCACGCGGGAGGCAGCGAGUAACGGAGUUCUACUGAUGGUGGAGCGCGAGGAUCGAGUCUAUCUCAAGUUGGAAAGAGGGAAUCUAAUGGGCGGAUGGAAAUACUCCACGUUCUCUGGAUUUUUAGUCUUUCCUCUAUAACUGAAUCGCAAAACGCGAUGUUUUCAAAAGACCAAGUUCUUUGAACAAGACUGAAAUAACACAAAACUGCAUAUGGACGCGCCCCCAGGGAGUUCCCGCCUUUUUUGGCUGUCGCGAUUGUUCUUGGAUUUUAUCAACAGGAAACAAUCCGCAACUGACAAUUACCUGGACCACUAUAUAAAUGAGAAGAUAUUUAUGACGAAGACGAACUUCAAAUCCCGAACUAGGUGUAUUUAUCAGUGCUUUAUUUUGUGUUUGUAUAGCCUUAAUGAUUCGGCUUCCGUCCAGUGAGGUGUGUGGUGUGGAGCUGCGGAAGUGCUUUAUGGCCCCAAAGCAUUUUUGCACGAAUGAAAUGGAAGAUUCCUGUUUUGUGCUGUCAAUGAUGUGUCGUUUGGAUGCUGAACAUACUGAAAAUAAGCCAAAUGUAGGCCACCUGCUAUACAGUGAUUAUUAAUAAGAAAAAAGAUCAUAUAUCAGCCAAUGGAGACGUCUUAAAAACUUUUUUUUUUUUUUUGCUAGACAUCUAAUUUCUAAAAUACAUAUUUACAUUAUGGUGUGUUCUACAUUCCGGAUAAUACGUAGCUUUGAUUGAUUUAGUGUUCAGUGACAAUGCUCACAGAUGUAAGUUGUGGAAAAAGAAAAGUCCCUAUAUAAUGUCCCGCCUAAUAAAAUAUUGUAUUGUACACAUAUUUACUCAAUCUUUUCAAUGACUAUUAACGUGGACUAUUUUGUAAGGAAUGAUAAAACUUGCGUUAACGAAUCGCGCAUGCGCAAAACUAUGCUCGACUGGGGUGCAAACUGCCACAAGGCGCUGUCCAUGGUGCUGAAGAAACACACGGACUUCAGAAAUCUUCUCAGAUGUCUCCAUACUGGAUAAUAAACAACCAUGUAUGCUGCUCUAAAUAUAUUAAUAAUGUUUUUUGCAACCUUGAAUCAUUUUCUGCUCGGCAUAAAUCCCAGAACUGUU